CGCGAGCUCAUGCGAAACACGAUACACUUGUGGGACAGGUGCGUCCCGAACCGGCACAAUGCGAGCUAAAACGAGACGUCAUUGCUGCUAAAUGCGUUCGAUGUGGGAGUUGCGCGGAUUGUGCAAAGCGGGGCGGAUCGGAGUUUGAGAGGGAUGCGAUUUGGGAAGACAAGGUGGGCGCGACUGCUUCAGUCUGCACAUCUUUGGGGCGCCGACUCUCCUCGAGGAAGGCCUGCUUUGGAGUGACUGCCAUAGGAUUAGAAGAGAAGGAACGUCCUGCGCAACGGACAAACAGACCGUUCGAGUUGUGACUGUGGCAGCGCCCAUGUCUCACGCCGACGCACCUGGAGAAGAGCGAAGCGACCCAGAACAUUACCAUGCGCAGGCUAGACGCCAUCGUUCUCUUUUCCGCAUUCAUUGAUCGAGCUAUUUCGGUGCCCUAUCCCGGACUUUCGACUUCCAGUAGCUUUCCAGCCCUGUCCGAUUCGUUCCAGUGGCCGCGAGCGCACCCACCUGAACCGCCACGCCAGGCGGCGGAGCCUCUCAAGAGCCUGCGCAUACCAGACUGCGCACUGUCCUGCUACCUACAGGAGCUACCGGAUGAUGGUUGCGCGCAAGAGAUAGACCUGGAGUGCCAUUGCUCGACCGGUAAUCUGCUGGGCAAGGCGGAGGCUUGUGUGGAGACGACGUGCAGUACGGCGGAUCAAGCAGAUGCGAAGAGAAAGAUUACGCGGGCUUGCCAGGCGGUGGGCGUGAACCCGAGCUUUCCUGGCAGUCCAGCUGCGAGCUCAGCUUCGCUGUCGUCGAGAGCUCUUUCUACAGAGCCAGCGGCAACAACACUCCCGCAAGGGUACUCCGUGGCCUCAACGUCAAGCGCUCAAACAAUAGCAAUGCCGCCACCGCUGUCGAAUGACCGACCUUCCGACCUGCUCUCAAGCUCAUUCGCGACCCAGACUACCACUACCUCGCUCUCCGUUGAGCUGAUGUCCCCGCUGCCAUCCCAAAUCUCAACUUCUGCGCCCACAGCCACUAGCACUUCGAUCCCCAUACCUGCAUCCGCCGGCGGGCUCUCCGAUGGCGCCAAAGCUGGCAUCUCCGUCUCCGUUCUUUUCGUCGCCUCAACCAUCUUUAUCGCCCUAUCUCUCUACAUCCGCCGUCUAAAGCGACAGCUCGCCCUCGCCACAGCCGCCGCUAACGUUCCCGAAUCCGUCUUACGAUCUCCCACGUACCAUCAUAGUGGCAUCCCCGAAGCCCUAUUCACACCUUCUCGCCGCCGAAGCUGGCCCAACGCGCCCCGCAACCGCAGGUUCAGCCACGGCGAGCCAUCCAUCGGCAGCCCCGUCUCUCCACUGUCCCCUGUAUUCUACCGCGAUGGUGGCAGGCGAGCAAGCAUAGCAGGCAUGCUGCACCAGAAGCGAGGGAACGUGCUGAGUGUUGUGAUCGAGCGAGAAGACGAAGACGCAAGCAGUCUGAUGAGCAGAGGCAGAAGCAUUAGGGAGCCUGUGCCUGGACAAUCUGAGGGACUUGCGGGACCGCUGGAGAUGGAUGGGCAAUAUGCGGCUAUCUUUGAGGCGCCGACGAGUAUCACGCCGAGGGCGAGAAGCAUGGAGCGGGACCGCGAGGGAGAGGCGUGGAAGGAGUAUGAUUUCGGCAAGUACUGAGGGACGGAGGUGGACCUGAAAUGUUGAUAUGGGCAUGUAUGACUUAGACGUCGGCACGGAAUAUAUAGCAUGUAUCAAUAAAAGCAAAAGGAAUAAGAG